AUGGAACCCUCCUCAAGAGAACCACCACACCAUCACCAACAUAAAGCAAAACACACACAAUACCGCCAACAUCGAACCCAACCAGGAAACCACCACAUCAACCAACAGAACAACACAUCCAUUCACUCACAACACAAUCGAACCCCCGAACCCUCCCUCAAGAGAUACCACCACCACCAUCACCAAACACAGGACUCCCCAAACAUAAUCCCCAUUCAAACGCUGAACCGGCCUCACAGAAGAGCAAACACAUCACCAACACAGACUCCCCAACAUAAUCAACAUCGGCCUCACAGAAGAGCAAACACGCCGACGUAA